GGUUCCUCAACACUCGUGCCAACAAGUCAUCUGUCAGGUAAGUCUGUCUAAAGACAGUAGCGGAUUAGCGGUCAGUUAUUGAACAUUACGUAAGAAUGAAGGGAACUACUAAAUUAAUCCCUCUUUUAAUGUAGAAACAAAUAAUUUACCUACAAAUUUGCCACUAGGUUCCUCAACAGUCGUGCCAACAAGUCAUCUGUCAGGUAAGUCUGUCUAAAGAGAGUAGCGGAUUAGCGGUCAGUUAUUGAACAUUACGUAAGAAUGAAGGAAACUUCUAAAUUAAUCCCUCUUUUAAUGUAGAAACAAAUAAUUUACCUACAAAUUUGCCACUAGGUUCCUCAACACUCGUGCCAACAAGUCAUCUGCCAGGUAAGUCUGUCUAAAGACAGUAGCGGAUUAGCGGUCAGUUAUUGAACAUUACGUAAGAAUGAAGGAAACUUCUAAAUUGAUCCCUCUUUUAAUAUAGAAACAAAUAAUUUACCUACAAAUUUCCCACUAGGUUCCUCAACUAUCGUCCCAUCAAGUUCUUCAUCAGGUAAGUCUGUCUAAAGACAGUAGCGGAUUAGCGGUCAGUUAUUGAACAUUACGUAAGAAUGAAGGAAACUUCUAAAUUAAUCCCUCUAUUAAUGUAGAAACAAAUAAUUUACCUACAAAUUUGCCACUAGGUUCCACAACAGUCGUGCCAACAAGUCAUCUAUCGGGUAAGUCUGUCUAAAGACAGUGGCGGAUUAGGGGUUAGUUAUUGAACAUUACGUAAGAAUGAAGGAAACUUCUAAAUUAAUACCUCUUUUAAUGUAGAAACAAAUAAUUUACGUUCAAAUUUGCCACUAGGUUUCUCAACAAUCGUUCCAUCAAGUUCUUCAUCAGGUAAGUCUGUCUAAAGAGAGUAGCGGAUUAGCGGUUAGUUAUUGAACAUUACGUAAGAAUGAAGGAAACUUCUAAAUUAAUACUUCUUUUAACGUAGAAACAAAUAAUUUACGUUCAAAUUUGCCACUAGGUUUCUCAACAAUCGUCCCAUCAAGCACUUCAUCAGGUAAGUCUGUCUAAAGAGUGUAGCGGAUUAGCGGUCAGUUAUUGAACAUUACGUAAGAAUGAAGGAAACUUCUAAAUUAAUACUUCUUUUAACGUAGAAACAAAUAAUUUAUGUUCAAAUUUGUUACUAGGUUCCUUAACCGUCGUGCCAACAAGUCCUUCAUCUGCGUCUGGUAAGUCUGUCUAAAGAGAGUAGCAGAUUAGCGGUCAGUUAUUGAACAUUACGUAAGAAUGAAGGAAACUUCUAAAUUGAUACCUCUUUUAAUAUAGAAACAAAUAAUUUACCUACAAAUUUCCCACUAGGUUCCUCAACUAUCGUCCCAUCAAGUUCUUCAUCAGGUAAGUCUGUCUAAAGACAGUAGCGGAUUAGCGGUCAGUUAUUGAACAUUACGUAAGAAUGAAGGGAACUACUAAAUUAAUCCCUCUUUUAAUGUAGAAACAAAUAAUUUACCUACAAAUUUGCCACUAGGUUCCUCAACAGUCGUGCCAACAAGUCCUUCAUCUGCGGCCGGUAAGUCUGUCUAAAGAGAGUAGCGGAUUAGCGGUCAGUUAUUGAACAUUACCUAAGAAUGAAGGGAACUACUAAAUUGAUACCUCUUUUAAUGUAGAAACAAAUAAUUUACCUACAAAUUUGCCACUAGGUUCCUCAACAGUCGUGCCAACAAGUCAUCUGUCAGGUAAGUCUGUCUAAAGACAGUAGCGGAUUAGCGGUCAGUUAUUGAACAUUACGUAAGAAUGAAGGAAACUUCUAAAUUAAUCCCUCUAUUAAUGUAGAAACAAAUAAUUUACCUACAAAUUUGCCACUAGGUUCCUCAACAGUCGUGCCAACAAGUCCUUCAUCUGCGGCCGGUAAGUCUGUCUAAAGAGAGUAGCGGAUUAGCGGUCAGUUAUUGAACAUUACGUAAGAAUGAAGGAAACUUCUAAAUUAAUCCCUCCAUUAAUGUAGAAACAAAUAAUUUACCUACAAAUUUGCCACUAGGUUCCACAACAGUCGUGCCAACAAGUCAUCUGUCAGGUAAGUCUGUCUAAAGACAGUAGCGGAUUAGCGGUCAGUUAUUGAACAUUACGUAAGAAUGAAGGAAACUUCUAAAUUAAUACCUCUUUUAAUGUAGAAACAAAUAAUUUACGUUCAAAUUUGCCACUAGGUUUCUCAACAAUCGUUCCAUCAAGUUCUUCAUCAGGUAAGUCUGUCUAAAGAGAGUAGCGGGUUAGCGGUUAGUUAUUGAACAUUACGUAAAAAUGAAGGAAACUUCUAAAUAUAAAUCCCUCUUUUAAUGUAGAAACAAAUAAAAUAGUUUACAUACAAAUUUCUCACUAGGUUCCUCAACAAUCGUCCCAUCAAGUUCUUCAUGGGGUAAGUCUGGCUAAAGACAGUAGCGGAUUAGCGGUUAGUUAUUGAACAUUACGUAAGAAUGAAGGAAACUUCUAAAUUAAUCCCUCUAUUAAUGUAGAAACAAAUAAUUUACGUUCAAAUUUGCCACUAGGUUUCUCAACAAUCGUUCCAUCAAGUUCUUCAUCAGGUAAGUCUGUCUAAAGAGAGUAGCGGGUUAGCGGUUAGUUAUUGAACAUUACGUAAAAAUGAAGGAAACUUCUAAAUAUAAUUGAUACCUCUUUUAACUGCGGUAGAAACACUGAAAUAGUUUACAUACAAAUUUCUCACUAGGUUCCUCAACAAUCGUCCCAUCAAGUUCUUCAUGGGGUAAGUCUGGCUAAAGACAGUAGCGGAUUAGCGGUUAGUUAUUGAACAUUACGUAAGAAUGAAGGAAACUUCUAAAUUAAUCCCUCUAUUAAUGUAGAAACAAAUAAUUUACCUACAAAUUUGCCACUAGGUUCCUUAACCGUCGUGCCAACAAGUCCUUCAUCUGCGUCUGGUAAGUCUGUCUAAAGAGAGUAGCGGAUUAGCGGUCAGUUAUUGAACAUUACCUAAGAAUGAAGGGAACUACUAAAUUGAUACCUCUUUUAAUGUAGAAACAAAUAAUUUACCUACAAAUUUGCCACUAGGUUCCCCAACAAUUCGCGACCCAUCACGUUCUUUUUCAUUUGUCUUUCUAAAGGCAGUAGUAGCUCGGAGUAGCGGUCGGUCAUUGAACAUUAUUUAGAUGUUAAUCAACUUCUUGAUUUUAUUAUACACUUUACUAUUUAAGUAUUUUUUGAUUUGUGACUAUCUUGAGGUAAAGUUAGAUUCUGUUAAUAAAUUCUGUUAAUUAAUAAAUUCAACAGAACUGGUCGCGUUUAUUAAAGGUGGUGCCGAAGUUAUCCGAGGAAUUCACGAAAACAUCACCAUGAACGCCUCGCUUUCUUAUGAUCCUGAUUUAGGAACUAGAAAUAAUUCAGGAAUGAACUUUACCUGGCAUUUCGGCCAGAUCAAAGGAAACAAUUAUUCAUUCCCGCUGCCUGGCAUAAGUGGUAUACCCGUUCAAUACUUCGCGGAGAAAGGUUUCGGACCGGUUGUCAUCCUCGCCAAGAAACCCCUCUUGCUAAAUCAGACCUACAUUGCAAAGUUGGUCGUCACUAAAGACCGUCGAACAUCAAGUGUGUUUCAAGUUAUUAGAUUGCAGAAUGGAGAACCACCUAAAGUUUCGCUAAGGUACACUUUUAGACAGUCCUUAUUUUUCUGUUUUGCCCGUAACUCUAGCUGUCACUGAUUAUCAAUAAGCCGGGCAGUAGAAAUGUCCUACUUGACGCAGUAAAUGUGAGUGAUGAAAAUGGUGGAGAAAACAUGCAUAUAUGUAUGCAUAUGUAUGCAAAUGUAAGUUAAGGCAAGGUCUGUAAUAUUUAUUGCCAAGGAAUGCGUGGUUCAGCCUCUUUUUCUCGGACUCUCAGGGGCAUAUUCAGUGGGUGGCAAGAAAAAGAGCGCGACGUUCCGAAGAUUCAUUCGCGCCAGUUAUCCUGGCCCUGUUGACUGUUUCAGGGUCUCCGUGGAUAUUUUGAUCUAACUAAGGGAAACUACAGUAAAAUCUGGGGUAAAGCUAGUCUCACUUUGUAAUAACAGCUCAGUGAUAAAAAUAAAAAAUUUGUCCCGCAAAUCUCACUAUUCGCACUAUUUUUAUGGAGUCUGUUGCAUCAACGCAAUACCGAGACACAAGUGUAAACUAUUGUGAGAAAGAUUAUUAACAUGCCCUACAAUGUAUGUAUUUCUUUUUUAUAUUUAGCUGUCUUCUAAAUUGUGGAGUUACAAAAAGUCCGUCAGUUAGGUUGAGUAUCAAGUCACAGUGCCAAGGUUCUCAGUGCUCCAAAAUAUUCUCCUACGAAUGGACGCUCUAUGAAGAGAACAAGUCCGCCUCAAAUACUGAUCCAAUAUGGCGAAAGGUGAAUAUAUUGCAAAGCAUUACAGCUACGCCGCUAAACUCAAGUAAUAUUGCCAUAAAAGAAAACUCGUUGGGUGGGAGAAAGAACUAUCGAUUGAUGUUAUUUGUCAGAACUAAGGACGGUAUUGAAGGAUUAAGUGCUUAUGACAUUGUUACCGCUACGCCCCCUUCAGGAGGAAGGUGCGUGAUCAUUCCAUCCAGCGGCAUCUCAUUAAAGACUGAUUUCAGCCUGAGCUGCAGCGACUGGGUCAGUGACGCUACCCCUCUGACGUACCAGUUUCAAUAUCGACUGGACAACGGUCUGCACAAUAUGGUAUACUACGGAGUAAAUAACACCGUUAUUUCAUGGCUACCCCCCGGAAAACGAUCACAUAACUACAAAGUCGAGAUUCGUGCUACUGUAACCAACAAUUAUGGAGCUUCAGCACCGACUGUUAAUAUUUCUGUCCGGGUGAGUAUAUAGCCCGUUUCGCCAUGAAUCCUUAGACAGUUAAGUCCUGGGUCGAGUUGUUCACAGUCUCGUUAACCCUAAUCCUGAACAAAAAGCAUUUAAGUUGUCAUGUUAACAAACCCUAGGUCUGACCUAAUUGAUUUUCAAACAACUUGAUCCUGUUUAUUUCCUAGUGAUGAUCAAGUACCAGUCAAAAUCUACCUGGGAACCGCUAAUAAUCACACUGCACACCGUUCACGGUUAAGUCAGCGGUAUUUUAAAGGAGCCCACAACCACAUCACCCCAGUAGUCAUAGAAAGUUCUAGCGGUCUAGUUACAUCAUUAUAACUUAUUAUUACCGCUUGCGCAUGCGCGUCCGACUCCCCCCAUGUAAGGUAAUCCAAGAGUGUCUUCUGGAUUCCACGCUAUGGAUUCCAGAUUCCAGGUACCGGAUUCCAGAUUCUUUGUCAAUGGGUCUUGGAAUCGGACUUCAAUCGUUGAUGGAAUUUCUGGUUUCUUAAGCUGUAUUCCGCCCGGCUCGCUUCGCUCGCCAAUUUUUGGUGCCGUUUCACUCCUUUGUCAAUUUUUCUCUUCAGGGGAGCCUGGUGCCAGGCUAAUGAUUCCGGAUUCCUUAAGGAAAACAAAAAUCAUGGAAUCCUGAUUCCCUUACAUGUGUCGAUUCGACCGUCUGUCGUACUAUAUUUUUUUGAUAUCGAUGAUAGACACUGGGAGUAAAACUGAGACAAAGUAAAAUGUUAAGACAUUUGUGGGCCAUGGAAAGAAAUAAGAACGAGCUCUUCGCGAAGUGUGACUCUGGACGGUGAAUAGGCGCUUCGAGCACAGGUGAAACUGCGUGGUGUAGGGAAGGGAAUUAAAACGGGAGGCUCUCCCUCCCCUUCCAUUGCCUUGCCUCCCCACCCCCUCCCCGCCCAUUUUGCCUGUUUGCUUUUACGCACUCACGCCUUCUCCUCGUCACAUUUCCCAGGCAACUAGAAACCUUUCAAAAGGCUAAGGCCUCGUGAUUCGUUUGUUGUCGUCGCAGGUUGAACUAUCGCAACACUUGAGCCUAGCGAACUUUACCAGUGUCUUGACAGCUAAUGAUAGCUUUUUCAAUCAAGUGAUCGAAGAUGGUGAUCUGAACAAGGCAGCACAAAUAUCCCAUACAAUUCUAGAAGCGAUUUCGCAGGAUUCGUCCCUCAGUACAGAGGAAAAAACGAAGGUAAUAGUUUUUAAAAAUAAUGUUUAUAAGGAUCCGCUCAAAACUGAAAAAUACCGGAACCGACGUUCAGAAUCUUUCCAUUACUAAUUAAUGUCCCCUUUGACUGAAAUUCAUGUGGCCAUUAAGAGCCUCUUUGGAUUGAAACACCCUAUAAAAGAAAUUAACGGAGUCUCGAGAAAAGGACUACAGCUAAUGCUGACUCAGUCUCAAGCAAUUAUUCAUCCAGCCACGAUGUUGGCAACUAUUUUAGUGGAAAUACAUGGUGUUUCAAAAGUUCGUUCCGAUUUUUUUUCGCUCAAAUUUCACUGAUUAUUAAAAAUACAUUUUGUAAAACUUAGUAUGUUAUUCAUUAUUCAUUUAACAUUGAAUAACCGAAAUAUCGUUAACCAGAAUGUCUUUCUUUGUGUUUUCUUGCAUUUUCUAAGUGGUGAGGUAUAGAAUGUACGAGCUCCCAAAGUGCAGGAGAAGCAUAGUCACUGCCUUAGCUCGACCAGUUGUUUGGGGGCUGGUUCUUUGUAUGUUUUCUCGUCAACGAACGAUAAUCCAGAUGGUUUCCAGAGGGUUCACAUCACGUGAGUUUGCUAGCCGGUCGCCCUUUGCUAUGAAGUUUCAAAUCCUUCUGACACCAUGUCUGCAUGUGCGCCGCCUUUUUCUCUUCAAGGCUUUCCAACCUUUGCUGGUCAUAUAUCUUCAUACCGUUGUGCUCGAAACUUCGAUAUUGUGAAGUUGAAGUUUUUUUUUUACCAUUCUGUCUUGUAGAUUUAUUACGCAUAUACUUGCAGCUUUUUCGAUAACAUUUCUCACAAAUUUAAAAAAAGACGGCCAUACACUCCUUGGUUUGUCUUCUAAAGUCUUUACCUUCGACCACUUGUUCACUUAUAUCAUUCAGACCUUAGUCAACAGUUUAACAAUUUCUUUGACUGAAUGGCCAAAGAACUAAAACAAUAGAUGCCUCAGCUUUAACGCAAACAGCGUAGGCCUUCAUUUUCGUGACAGAGUGGAGAAAAUUAAAGAAAAGGGAAGAAAGGCGAAAAUAGAAAACCUGCAAAAUGGGCAGAAAAAAUAUGGCGGGAAGAAACUCGCGUACGUGCAAAUUGGGGCAAAAAUUCAAAAAUAUUAUAAUUUCUUCAAAUUUUAGUUUGAAAUUGCUUUGAACGGUUAUUUAGAUAAAUUUCUUCCCUGAAUCAGUUUACAUUUGCCUAAAGAAGCAUUAAACACUUCGCGCAAAAUACAAUUUACAAGCGGAACGAACUUUUGAAACACCCUGUAUACCCUCACACGGUUUUUAAAACUUUUUACUGAGGCUAAUUAGUGGAAAUUCGUCGUCUCGGCUUGGAAGAACGCCAUGAAAUCAGUCAGUUAAGCUGCCAAUACCUUUAAAGUUGGUAAGUAUAUUAAUUUCAUUUACCGCGCUCUUUCCAGCAGUGUCCAUGGACAUUCGCUUACUAGUUUUAUCUAAAGUUAAAAACGCCGAGAAAGGGUCAAUUUCGAUUAAUGUUUAAGUGUAAUCAGUUUUGCUAAUUAUCAUAGAUUCAGGAACUGAUUGUGGAGAAAAUUGCCGCAUUGCAAGUUAAGAGUCUGCCAGACCUGCUGCAGUCCUCUUCUGUGAUUGGCUCAGCCAUUCAGGACACUGAAACAACAUCUGUAAAAUCUCUGGUGAGGUAUAAUUUACCCAUGAAGUCGCCAUAAGCGCCCUACUAAAACAGGGCAGGUCAAGAGUAUGUUUUUAUAACUUUUGCUAUUUGUUUCGUCACAUCAUGCACAGUCUAAAACGUUUGAAUUCCAGGUGCCACUCCCUCCUCCUUCGCGCUUUUUCUGCCAUUAACUUCAUGUUCAAAAGUAAUAAGUGCUUAAUGGCUACGUUUUUUGGGGAUUCCUUCUUCGGUUUCCCCUGAAUUUUCAUUGUGUUGUUCUCAACUUUUCCAGCAAUCUGAGAGCAGAGCCUCCUUUUGUCUUCUCCUUGAUCGAGAAGGAGAAAAAGAGGCUCUGGCUGAAUCGCGCCAAGCCUUUGAAGUCAUCAUAGCCCAAACUUCUGAACUGGUCAAUCUUAUCUUCUCUCGUCAAACUGUUUUUUUUAGCCACGAGCAUUCUUGUAUUAAUAUAACGAUGAUCAUAUCUGAGCCCGCUGUACCAGACACUCGGCUAUUAGGCCUGGGUUCUGUAUCCUAGCAACAUGUAGCGCAUCCUCAACAAAGUCCUUACUCGAUUUCAUUGUUGACCCCAACAAAAUAUACAGGAGAUAGUAAAAUAAACUAAAAUAACUAAUUUACAACUCCAAUAGCUAACAACAACAACAACAACAAAAACACUAACGAUACAAAAUAAAUAAAUAAAUAAAUAGCUAUAGUUCUUACAACAAUUCCUACAAAUCAAUAAGAUCACUAAGAUAACAAUGACACUAUGUCACAUCUAAACUAAGCGGUUAUAACAAAUAACAGUUAUGACAAUUGGGAAUUACAAUUAAUUUAAGCAGGCAAUCAGAGGAAGAAGACAAAAAUAUUACCUAUUUCAAACAAACACAAACCCACCUAAGGCUUUGAUGAGUUCACCAGGCCACUAAGGCCCAAAGGGUUUUGAUUUGUUAUUUCUUAAGAUCCAAUCUACAUUGCUUCUGUCUCAGUAUAGUUGAUUUUUAGACCAGAAAUAUCUUUAAAUGACUUCAACAGACUAAGGAACGCUGAGGCGGAGUUCUCGUCAGCUAAUACAGCUGUGGUACUGGCGUCUGGGUAUUGUAGUAAUUUAGUUUCUUCUUUGCCAAUGGAAAUUCCUUUUAUUUGAGUUUUGUCUUGUUGAAACUGUCAAUACCUCUGCCGCGAGAACAAAAAGAUAGGGAGAGAGCGGGUCACCCUCUCUUACACCUCUGUCAAGACGGAAAUUAUCAGACGAAAGACCAUUGUUGAUUACACAGCUCUGGAUAUUGUUAUAAAACACAAUGAAUAAAAUCUCGACCAAAGUUGAAAGCCUCUAAGCAGCUGACAAGAAAAUCCCAUUCAAUGCUGUCGAAAGCUUUCUGAAAAUCAACAAAAAUCAAAAGUCCUGGAAUAUUUUCCUUAACAGUAAAAUCCAUAAUGUCGAAUAUGGAUCUCACCGUCUCACCAAUAUAACGAUCUUCCACCUAACCCUAGACCUCACUCUUUUGACUCUGUGUCGUUGUCAUGCGCAAGAAAGAAGGGCACUGCAGGGGUGGAGAAUGACUCGAUUUUUGCAGAGUCUUUCUUGAGUACGAAAAAAUCGAACAAACGAAAGAAACGCUCUGCUCGCAGGGUGCUUCUCCAGGUGAACAAUUGACAACAAUUCGCAACAUCGUGGAAGCGGUAAUUUGUUAGCAGUCCGUUAGAAAACUCGCAAUAAAAUUUCUUUCUCUAAACGUUCGCUUUUUUCAGGAGUUCGCCCUACCUGUUAUUAACUCCAUGGCUUCACUGCUCUGGAAUGUUGCCCAGCAGAAACAAAUAGACGACAUACCGCUGAUUAGCCUUUCAGCAGAAAACUUAGGCUCAUGCGUCAACAACGUACUGAAGAGUGCAUCAAUGAUCGCAUCAACAAAAUUUGGGUCCAGUCUUCAAGAACAGGUAUUUAUUUCGGUAGUCCUCUACUAGUUGGCGCAAACACGUCGGAAAUCUCAGUGCAAUUCCACAGCAAAUGUAGUGAUAGUAUUAAUGCUUGCCUGGUAUCCUGUUGCUGUUAUACACAAAAUCAGAAGCCUACGAUUGAAAGUUUGUUCUUGUAAUAUCGCUAUCUUGCUCAAGUUUUUGAUCACUCAUCUGUUGUAAUUUGAUGAUUUAUUCUUACUUCGGCGGAGCGCGAAGGAAAGGAUUCGCGACGCUCAGGAAGUUCCAAAGUUGGGGACCAGAUUGGGCUUGAAAAGUCCAUAGGUUUUCAGCUUUAUUGGGCUAUUUGACGAAGUGAGAGCCGAAUUAGUUCGAGAUCAGUUCGAUUUCUCUGUUAUUCGAGGAAGAAAGAAUUACUUUCUUGGCUUGCCCGGGGUUUGAACCGACUCACCUGUGUUACCCGUCAGAUCAGAGACCAUGAGCCCCUACGUCGCGGGAUUAGCCGAUUGCGCCACUAAAACCCACGGUAACUUGAGGUGGGAAACAUGGCUAUAAGUCAUGCACGAGGUACGGGAUAAGUUGGUGACCUUUCGACUUGUUCUUAUUUAUUAUUCUGGCUAGAAAUAUAGACUGUAAAAGUAUUUUACAGAAAACAUUGAAUCAAUUUGGGCUAGUAGCUUCAAAAUAUGAGCGAAAAUCGAGAUACAAGAGCAAUUUUCGGUGCGUCUCACUGCGCAGACGAGUUGCUUUGAUAUGUCGAUCACGUCAUAUGUUUCUCCAAAAAGCGUUUCAGUUUAGCUUUUUAUCGUGGAAACCUUGUCUUUUUCUCCUGGAAUCUCGCUUGGAAUUCGUUAUAGACCGUGGAAAACCCAAAUUUUUUAGUUUGCCGGUUAAAUUCCCCGCCGAUAGAUCAAAAUUUCAGUUCUGUACUACUACCACCCGAAGUAAGCUUAUAAGAAUUUUCACUCGAACUGUACUGCCGUGUUUGUGUUUCUUUCUAAAUCCAGCGGCCGAAAUAAUGCUAAGUAUACUUUUCAAUACACUUUUAAAGAUAACACCGCACAAUACGCAAAAAAGAAGAAGAAGAAGAAAAGAAAGAACAAAGUAGGGAUCUUCACGACGAUUUUCGCGGUGGGUUACCCAUCCAGUUCCUAACCCUGCCCGACAAGGCUUAACUUGAGUGGCGCUACUAUAAAAAAACGAGUUUCGCGAGAGUAAUUGCGAGAUACGUGUUUCUAGUUUAUGUUGCAAUGUUGUACAUGAAUUUUCCUCGGUGUGGAGAUUGUGCAUUUUCAGCAAGUUUUGUAAGGGAGUGUACUGAUGUUAGUUCAUAGUUACGUUGCUGUAGAAGGUGUGGAGUUAACUGUAUAUAAGGAAAGUGUUGUUGUAAAGAAAGUAAAGGAAGUGGGACUGAGGUCUUGCCGUGCGCAAUUAUUUAUGACAGAAAUUAUAAUCGAAUUGGGUUACAGCCAUGCACCUAGCAGACUUCCGGUGAAGAAGUUAAGACGUCUGUUAAACAAAAGCCGAAAAGUAAGGGUAUUUGUAUGGAAGGGUAUCUGGAAAAAUAUCAUUUCUUACUAUUCCUUCGCAUUCACAAUUAAUCCACUACCCCGACACCACGGUGUACGCCCCCAUAGCGUCUUGUUACAAAGAGUUAAAUCCAUUUCUUGGUGCUCGAUUGUCGGCGAUUAUCGUUAGUUGUAGUAAAAGUAACCUAACGUAAACUUAAAAACAAGUACAGAGGAACCUCUUUUCAGGGGACACCCUUGGGACCAAGGUAAGUGUAACCUGAAAAGAAAUGUCCCCUGAAUGGAGGUUGGGCUAAGAUUUGUUAAUAGUGGAGCGUCCGCGCGUGCGAAGCGCGCGAGCAGCGGGGACCCAUACCUAAAGGAAAAUGGAGUCCUAUCGAUGCCAGAAAAAUUUGGUUCAAAAUUAUCGUGUUCUUGGACGACCGCCACAAGAGCGAUUUUGGUAAAGUUGGCUAAAAUGGCGAAAAUAGUGAUCUAAUUUGAAUAUUUUGCAAUGUCAUGGAAAAUUGAGGCCAAAUUCCCCAUUUUCGUGAGAUUUUCCAUUUUUGUCUACUUCGCGACUAUACGGGGAGUGCCUCUUGUAAACUCAUUUAAACUUUCGCCAACCCUCAGGCAAUUUUUUGGAGAGAUUCACCCUUUGGCCAUGUCCGCAAAAUUCGUCAAUUUCGUUACUUCUAUCUAAGGCUUUAGCUAAUUUUAGCCAUUUUCGGCAAAUUUGUCAUCUCCUUCAAAAUCGCCUUUGCGAUUUCUCGCCAUUUUGCUUCUUCUUUUUUUUCUUGGGGGGUACCCUUUGCCUCCUCACCGGACUUGCAGGUAAGGCUUUGGAGAUUUUUCGCUAUUUUGGUCAACGUCAUCAUUUUCGUCAAAAUCACCACUUUCAAAGGGCCUCUUUGCCAUCUCAUUGAAAAUUUUGUUACGACUGGCGAAUGUUCGCCAUAUUCGUUGCCAAUUCCAAAUUCGCCAUUUUCGCCAAAUAUGCCACUUUCAUCAAAAUCGCAACUCUUAAUGGGAACCCUUAGCUUUGUUAUAACUUAUUUGCCAAACUUGGCUAAUUUGCGCCAUUUUUGCCAUUGGGCGCAUUUCUGGACGUGAGUGAGUGAAUCGGGCCUGAACGUUCUAAAAAUGAAGUAGUAAUUGAUAAACGGGCACUUCCUUCUUUAGGGCAAAACUCUUGUGAAGGAUUCCUUCGGGAUCAUCAACAUUAUUGCAGAUGCCGUGUUAGCAAUGAAAGUUGCAGAUGAAGAAGUGACGCGGAUCAAGACUGCAGAAUUGUCCAUGACAUUAGGACGUCAUACUCCAACUAAACUUGUUGGAUUAUCAAUUGAAGGAGGGGACGGUAGAUUUGUUUUACCAGAUGGAACAUUAGAUUCCAGUACCGGUAACACAGCUUUCGUAGACUCUCAGGUAAGUUUUCAUAAAUCCUCUUCCUUUUCAAAAAAUCCUCGAUUAGCUUUUCUCCUUUCGAAUGAGGACUGCCAUCAACCUGCGCAACUCGAGAGAUCAUCAGUACGUGUAUUUCACCCACGUAAAGCUGAUCCGGAAUCUGGAUCCUGGACAUUUUUGCUUGUGGAGGUUUGGUCAGUUCAUUUAAAAAUGUUGUCGCCAGCGCUUGGAAUUCGGAAUCCACAGCCUGGAAUCCAGAAUUCAGACUGUCUUGGACUACCUUACAUAACAAUCUCAAAUACAUGUGUUCAUUACUCUUGGAAAUAGUCUGUAUUUUACAACGCCUUUUAGUAUAUACACACUCAGUGAUCUUGGUGAUUCGAGCAAUCUGAUUGGUUCGCUAUGUCGGAGUAUGACGUUAUAUUCUCCGCACUAGGCAGUGAAUAUAAAACAAAACAAAAUCGCUGUCGUGAACUGGGUGUUUUGCCAAAGUCCUCGAGUAAGAAUUUUUUGAAAAUAUAAGAAUAUCUUACUAUUGACGAUUUUGAAGGUAAGAAAAGACUUCAUGGUGUUAAUCAGCGUGAAUUGUUGCGAUGUGAUUUACUGUAGCUGACCUUUUACACACUCGAAUCAAUGUUUUUUUUUAUUAUUAUUUUAUUUUAUUUUAUUUGCCACACAAUAAUUACAAAAAAUAAAGGAAAAAAAAGAAGUGGCGAGGAGACCUGGCAAAAACAAUAGGAGCUUAUGAGAGGUUAGGCCUCCUCGAAGUACGGGUUAGAGCUGUCUAACAUCAAUUAAAGAAAAAAUGGCGAAAAGUCGAAGAUGGAAAGAUUUAUGAACUGUUUUCAUAUUUACUCAAUAACUUAAUCUUCAGUUUUUUUCUUAAAAGAGGAAAGGGAUUGAGAGUUGAUGACCUCGUUGUCAAGUGAAUUAAAAAACUUAAGCCCUUGAAAAAAGGGCAAGAACUUCUUAGUGUUUGUGCGACAAUACGGUAGACGGUAGGCCUGGGAAUUUCUUGUGUUGUAAGAGUGGAAUUGAUUGCAUCGGGAGAAAUUGUUAUUAAACCUUGGAAGUAAGACUGAAUUUUUGCAAGAAUACAUAAAUUGGCCCGGUUGAAGCAAAUGGAUAUCAUUUAAUUUUAGUGUACCGAGGUCCUUAAAGAUGGGGUUUGCAUGAGCAUUGAAAUGUGAUUUAUUAAUAAUUCUAAUAAUGCCCUUUUGCAGGAUAACAAGGCGGCGGAGAUUGGUUUUGUAGGUCGAAGCUCAAACUUACUUGUAGUAGUAAAAAUAGGGAUAAACUAAGGAACAGUAGAGCAUACGUAGAGACGUUUUAGGAAAAAAGAAGCUGCAUCUAGAUAUUAUACCGAUUGACUUCGCAACUUUCUUUGCAACGUGUAAUAUUUCCGACUUCCAAUUUAGGUUUUCAUCCAAAAUUACUCCUAGAAAAUUUGUCUCCUUUACUUUAACAAUAUUUUGAUUAUCUAAUAUACUUAUUUUAAUAUUACAAAUUGAAAGCUUUUGUCUUGGUUUAAAGACCAUAAAUUUAGUCUUUUUAAGAUUUACAGAAAACUUGUUUGCUUCAAAUCAGAUUGAAAGUUUGUCCAUCUCCGAGUAUAACAUAACUGAAAGAUAGUUCGGAUCUUUAUGUGAUAUGAAUACAUUGAACCCUGAGAGACCCCACAAGAGAUUUCAUUUCUUGACGAACGGUGGCCAUUAUAUUCAACAUAUUGCUUUCUGUUUGAAAAGUAACUUCUUAUCCAGUCUAACGCUAAGCCACGAAUACCGUAAUGUUCGAGUUUAUCAAAAAGGAUGACAUGAUUUACAGUGUCCAAGGCUUUUGAGAGGUCAGGAAAAACACCUACGGAAAAUUCACCUCGGUCAAAGGCCGCGGAGAUCUUGUCAUGUAAGUCGAUUAGCGCGAGUGCAGUAGAAUGAUUUUUCCUGAAGCCGUAUUGGUUACUACAGAGAAUGUUGAAAUUCAUCAGGUAUUGCAUUAAACGAUUGUAGAUAACUCUUUCAAAGAAUUUUGAAAAGCUGGGAAGUACCGAGAUAGGUCAGUAGUUGGGGAAAGCGACUGAUCAUCAGAUUUACCAUUACAGAGGAAAACGAAGGCGCUUUGUCACAGUUUUGUGAACUCGGGAUUUCCUUGCAAGAGCAACUUUGCCUUAUAAGUAGAAGUUAAUUUUCAGAAAAAAGAGAAGGCAACAUUUUCGAAAAUUGUAUAUGCCAGCAAGUUCACAAUGUAAAGAACACUGCAUAUAAACAACGCUGAACGAAACAAAUAAAGCUCUGCGUUUCUACUCAAAAGGGGUAGUAAUUAAAAAUUUCGACAUUUUCUUUCAAACUAUUGAUGCUAAAGCUUACAAAAAGAUUAGAAACGUAACUAUAAUAUGCCAUGUUUGAAGAUACUAUAAGCAUAAAGAUCUAACUGUCACGCAUCUUCUGUUUACGGCUGCAUGUUCACGCAUGAAUUCACCCGUCAAUCAAACCAAUCGUCUUUAAGUGGUUACCUUACUGAUUGUGAUGAGAUCAUUUCGUGUGUAUAUGCUAAAACAAUUAUUCACCUCAGGUUCAGUCCAUAUUGUUGAACAAGACCGCUCUUGAAAUCGGCGUUUAGUCUCACUUGCUUGGAGAGUAGAUUAGAAAUGAGGAAGUGAUUAAUUCUACACGAAACAGGAUUUACUCGCUAAAGGUUUUUUACUUCCUACUUUAUUUUAUCGGCGGUCGAGUAUUUCAGGAUUGCUUUUUAUAUCGUAUUCGACAAAAUGUUCUGAAUUGAUUUAGUACGCGUGUUACCGACCACCGAAAUUACGUCUACGGUCGCAGGCUAUACGCGUGCAUAGUUACACGAAAAUUCAAGGGCCUCGAUUCGAGAGAAAUUACAUCAUUUCCGGAGAUUAAAAAAAGUGAUGAGAAUAUUUCUCGUCAUUUCAAUCAUCGCUGAAAAUAAACCGCAUCCUCAUCACAAGACGCAUUUGCAUACAAUGAAAGUUUACAACACCCGACCAGUUAGUCUUAUGCUAAUUAAGAUGCUAAGCGGCGAGACUAAUAAUCCCCUCGACUUUGUCUCGGGUGUUAUUCAGCAAUAAGAAGUUUGUCUUCGACAAAUAAUUGUUAAAUUUAUUUCCUUCCGAUAUCGCUAAGAUUCAGAGUAUCGUGAUGCUCAUUGGAGUGUAAUGAAAUUUGCUGAAAACACAAUUAUCUAAGCCUAUACCAUUGACGUGUUUCAUGCACCAUGUUCAUGUCGUUUUUGUUUGUUUGUUUUGCUUUUUCAGAUGCUCUCAAUUCCAUUCAAUCCUUACACAUGGGAUGUCACAAGAGAGCAAGUGGACUCUGAUAUCUUAGCACUGGACUUGAAAGACGACGAGCGUAAACUGAUCAAAGUAUCAGGUCUCCCAAACGACGUCCUGAUUGUUACACCACUGAAACCUGAACAGAUCCCUUUACAAAUCCCGCAGUACUUCACCCAGAAUGAUAAUUUACGAUUUCACCAGAUAGAUGUUAAGUACGAAAACACGUUGAUAAUGGUGGAGAUGGCUUCAACAGAUGAAAGAGUGACCCUUUUUGUUUACAUGCGACACAGUCAACGGCCAACAACACAAGUGUAUGAUCUCAAUGCCACUAUCUCCAAACAGGAAACUUGCAUUUGGUGGAAUGCGCAGGAAAAAAGCUUUGAAGGAGCAAAGUGUUCUUCCAACAGAUUUGCAACCGUUCCAAUAGAAACAGUUGUCAGGCAACCUGGAAGGUACUUUCUAGGGAUUCAAAGUAAUGACACCAGUGUGACCUCCCUGAGGAGACAAAAGAGAUCAUGCUUCGGAAAUGGACGUAAAAAGCGAUCAUGUGUGCAAGUGAAAGAUCUCCCUCCCACUCCCCCUCAGGGCAAAAAUGUAUCUUUAGUACCCAUGUAUGACCCGACCAUCUCAAGGAACUACACUAUGAGGGUGGCCUUGGGGAGCUGUGUGUUCUGGUCAGAAGAGCAGGAAAAGUGGACGGCAGAAGGCUGUCAAGUAAGUAAUAACUGAUGACGGAGCUAUUUUUUUUAUUGGUGUUGGAACUAGGGUUGGUUGCUAAGUGUGAAUUGUUAAGCCUCGCAGUAACGAGCAAUACAUGCAUGCUUUUGCCGUCUCCACUUUCAUCCAUGCCAUCUUUUGGCUUCCUAUGUGUCGUUUGUGAUCUUGUGCAGUUGUAUAAUGUAGUUAUUUUGAUAUUUUUUGUGAUCAGCUGGGAAAUUAUAGCAUGCCCUUAAAUUGCACAACCCAUGAAUUAAAAGUUCAUUAAUGAACCAAUUUUGACAUGUUAAAAAAAUUCAUAACUUUCUCGAGGCUUGAAAGAAUAAUUCAAGAGAAAUCGCCUUGAGGUUCAUGGAAAAAUUUUGUUUGUUGUCCAGAUUCCCCAAGCCUCCGAGCCAAGUAUGAAUUUGAAGAUAUUUCGAACUUGAUCUAUUGACCUAACAUGAAAACUUGGUUUAAAAUUUUUCAUUCUUUAUUCCAUAGGUUUUGUCAGCAACGUUAAAUGGAUUCCUGAACUGUUCAUGUAAUCACCUGACCUCCUUUGGGGGUAGUUUCUUUGUAAAACCCAAUCCCAUCGACUUUGAUCAAGUGCUGGUACAGUUCAAGAGACUUGCAGAUACAGGAAAUGUCGCGGUUAUAGUAACCGUGGCAGUGGUAUUCAUGUGCUACGUUUUUGUGAUUGUUUUCGUCCGAAAAGCGGAUCAGCAAGACACCAGAAAUGUAAGUACUUAUUAGGUAACUUAAAUAAUGCAACGACCACUUGGAAAAACACUGCAGUAGUAUGUAGCUGGAUCUUAGUGUAAACCAGACCGAGCAAUGAAAAAUAUUAAACCGAAGUCAAGACUCAUCGGACAGCUCAAACAGAGAGGUAUUUUUUUAUCACCAUGAAGACGAUUGAACGGCCCUUUAAAAUGAACUGGCCGUACAGUAUUAUUCAAAACUAUGUUUUCCAGUUCUCUUAAUUCUUUUAGUGAAGUCUUACUUCUUUAAUAAUGUAUGACUGAGCGAUUAUCAAAACACCAUGCUCUAUAAUCAUCUAUAAUGUAAAUUUAUGCGUACAACGGCAUCGCAGAGGCGCAGAAGAGUUAAUUUUUCUAGUUUUGGGGGUGACGGUAGGUUGCAGUGCGGAGCCUUCGAUUAAGGCUUCGGUAACUCAUUUGGCACGACGGAAUCUAAUCAAUAGCAGGUACCCAUUCAGAUCUCUGAGAAUGUUUUUGAUGGCAACCAAUUUCUUGUUUCUGGCCUUGCAGACAUGAAUAAUUAGAACAAACCAAUGCAAAAAAAAGUAAAUUAUACCUCGUUCUCACAUAACGUCACGAUGGCAAUAUCAGUAAUCCAGAAAAAUGUAACGGCGGCCAUGUUGGUGUUCCAAACCAAUCCUGUUGGAUUUUGUCAAUAAACACUUUCUUUUGUUCCAAAAAAUUUAAAUAGAUGCUGGUCACCAGAGUGAAAACGCUUGACACGUACAGGACACUGGAAGCUUAACAAUGAGGGGAACAAAAACACACAACACUUUUCUUUUCUUUUUUGUUUUAGAAUGGCUCUCCAGUUGAGCUGCCAACAGGAUCAAACAGUUCGCACGAAUAUGAAAUAACAAUAAUAACAGGAGUCUGGAGGAACUCUGGAACAACAGCUAAAGUUGCUAUAGAGAUAUACGGCUCUGAAGAAAGCACCGGAAAGGUUCUGCUCAACAACAUGGAAGAUGCGCCGACGGGCACACUUUUUUCUAGAGGAAAUAGGGACGUUUUUGUUCUUAAAGCUGAAAAAUCGCUCGGCUCUAUUGAAGGGGUGAGGUUUGGGCACGAUAACUCUGGAAAUAGCCCUUCGUGGUUUCUAGAGGAAAUCAUUGUUCUUGACAAACAAACGCUUUGCUCUUGGACAUUCACAAAUACUCAGUGGCUAGCUCUUGAGAGAGGAGAUGGUAGGAUUGAAAGGAUGUUGGAGACAGAACAAAAUAAAAUGGAUUUCAAAAGCGAGGUUUUGAAGCGAUGGUGGAAAGGACUCACAGAGAAGCACAUAUGGGUCUCAGUUAUAGCGAAGCAAAGGAGAAAUCGCUUCACACGAGUACAACGGGCGUCAUGCUGUCUUUCACUGUUAUUGACAGCUAUGCUUGCAAACGCCAUGUUUUAUGAACUGGACGGAAAAUCUGAAAAUGUGAUUCAGGUCGGACCUUUGAAAUUCACUUGGAGACAAGUAGUUAUUGGUAUCGAAAGCGCGCUCAUUGUUGCCCCUAUAAACAUUUUCAUAGCUUUCCUGUUUCAAAAGGCUGCCAGAAACGCCGAGAGUCAAACCCGUGUUUGCUGGAAAGCAAAGUGUCUCAUUUACUUCGCCUGGUUUUUAUUCGUUUGUUCAUGUUCUGUCUCAACGACGUUUACCAUCUUCUACAGCUUGCUCUGGGGAAAGGAAAUCAGUGAGCAAUGGCUGUCUUCCAUGUUUAUCUCUUUCACCCAGGAUGUGGCCAUCACUGAGCCAGUCAAAGUGUUCUUUACCGCAAUAGUACUGUCAGCUAUGAUAAUCAGAAAAAAGAGAAAGAAAGAUGGUAACGAAUACGUAAAAGAGGCUAAAACUCGAACUUCAACAAAAGGACAUUUAUGGAAGAUGAAGCUGAAAGAAGUAGAGGAGAUGAGAAGGCGUCAGGCGAAAAAACAAAAUAUAUCUCGGUUCUUUGUGGAGCUUUUAAUCUACCUUAUUUUUGUUUUCUUGUUGAUGGUUGUUUGUUAUGGUAGCAGAAAUGAACAUCGAUACAUGAUGAAAAAAUCCAUCACAGAAGGACUGCCAAGAUUUGAAACAGUAAGUAAAAUUUUCUUAAAAAUACUGCUGAAAUAUUUUCUCUUUUCUUCUAUGAUUGCUUGCUGGGAAAAAGUAUCUUUCCGUUUAGCGGCAGAAAACCGGGAUCAUCGUUCACCAGAUCCUCUAGCUGGGCCUGUGGGAUUACUUCCUGGUUACUAUAUUUGAGCUAACAAUAUAUCAGAGGGUAAGAAUUUCAGAACUGCCACUGGAACAAGCCCAAUGGCUGAUUCCCUUAAAUAUGGUAGGAGACUACUCGAAUCGUUUCUGUGAGGAUAUGAAAAGCGCACUGUUUUAGUGGUAAGCGAAAGAGAACGAUUUGGGCCUCUGACGGCUCCGUCAAAACACAGUUUAAUACACCCCGCCCCCGGGAAAUAAAGCCGCGAUUUUCCCUAGUUUAGCCCUUGCAUAAGUAACAGGAAAAGUAGUCAGAUUCUUUUCGCAGCAAAGAUAUGUUUGCGUAGUUGCUUUGACUUUGUUGAAGCCUCAAGAGUGUAUGCGUUCAAGGAGAUUACCAAUGUGAACCAAAAACAGAAUAGAUGGCGUCUUUUUCUCUACAUGCCACUAACUGAUUGAUUGAUUGAUUGACUGAUUUGCAUUUGCCGUUUUUCCUUCUAGCAUGGUAGAACUCUUUUUUAACAAAACUAGUACACGAACCACGACAAUUUUUUGUUCAUUAUUUUCGCUUUUUUGUUUUUGGGAUACCAGGUUUUUAACACGAAGCAGUACUGGAGCUGGGUCAAAAAUGUUUUUUUGCCGGGUGUAUUUACUGGUAGAUGGUACAACGGACGUCCCGAGAAUCAAACCAUGUACAUCGGAAAUAAACGUUCAGUCCUGGUAGGAAUGGCUAGAGGAAGGCAAGUUAGAGUUCAACCUGGUGAGUUUGGACAUUUUUUUGAAAAUUAAGCAAAAAAAGAAAAAUUUGCGUCAUGUCAUUCUUUUUAAAAUGCUCUCAUAAAGUGCGAAGAAGUGGUCAUUUUCCCCGCGUAUUGGUAAACACCGGUUGUAGACGCAUGCGCAGAAGGAGUGGACAAUUUCGACCCCAGUGCUUACGCAAUCUGACUCUCGAGAUUGCGACGUAGGUCAUUUUUCCUAAUAGUUUUGCAUCAUCAUUUUAUAUUCUUGGAGGCAGCUUAAAUGUGAAUCUGAUACUGCUGUCAGGAACUAAUACAGCAAACGCAGCCGUUUACAAAAACAACAACUGCGCUUGUUUAUGUUUGUUUGUAUACGUAAUAAUUGCCAACGAGCAGCUUCGCGAAGACGCGAGGCUGCGAGGCGAAAGCCCAAUAGAGCCAUGCGCGAUUGUUCCAGGGGUAGAAAAAAUCUCGAAUCGAUGUAACAUAGGGUAAUGUAAGGCAACCAUGACGUAAAGCAGAACAGAGAAUGCAUUCAAUUCAAAGUAGACAGACUGCAAAUUAUCUUACUUGCUAAAAAAUAUAUAUCUACGUGUCGCAACUGUUCAUCAGUAGGAUGCCUAAAAUGCGUGCAAUUCCACAAUUGGUUUCGGCUCCAUUAAAUCCUAUACCAAUUGCAGAACAUUUUAGGAGCCACCCACCAUGUUUUCGGGCGAACACGUGAUACAGAUCAGAGAAUCCAAGAGCUGUGUGGGUGUUUGUGAGUCCCGUGCUCAUGCCGUCUUCAACCAAUCGUCAGGUUGAUCAUUUCCGCCCUACGCGAUAUCUGUCGCAUUUGCCCUCUGGAAUUUUUUAUUGCAUGCCGCUAAGAAAAAUAAUAAUGCUGCCACUGCCCGCGUGAUAUGGCCAUGCGCAUGCGUGAGGUACUGGCCCGGCUGUGGGUUGGUGUAUGUGUGCCCCUUGCUUUAAGUUUGCACGAUUUUUAAUGCAAUCGAAUUAAGUUCAAUCUAUUUUUCAUCAAUUGCUGUAUUUCAGGACAUUUCUAAACAAAUUCAACAGCGCGCGCGUAUAGGUAAAAUCUUUGCUCGUUGACACUUAGCGAUAGCUAUAACUAGUAAUAUACAUGUAUGUAAAGAAAAAUAAUAGCUUUCUGCUGGCAGAAGAAAAUCUAAGCGAAAAAAGGGGUCGCAUACUUAAGUACGAUAUGAAGGAACUGAGGGAAAUUUAUGUCCUUACUCCAAACCUUGUCGAAAUUAUCUAUACUCAUUUGAUACGCUCCUUUUCUUUUUAAACAUUUGCAGGGACUUGUGAUGUUUUGAAUUACAUGAAUCAUAUGUUUCCUGUUUGUUACGGCGGGUACUCACGCUUAAACGAAGAUAAGACAUCCUUCAACAAGCCAGGUUGGAAACCUGUCGACAACUCCACGAAUAAAGACGAACUUUUCCGACUUUGCCCAAAGCCUUGGAGAUACCAAGGUGCCGAGGAUACGGACACGGUUCCUAAGUGGGGACAGUUCUCUUUUUAUCCUGGAGGAGGUUUCGUGGCCGACUUAGGUUAUGAAAACUCGACAGGCUUUACCCUUAUAGAAACACUACAAAGCAACAACUGGCUCGACAGGCGAACCAGAGCCAUUAUAUUAGAAUUUUCCUCUUUCAAUCCAUCUGUUAAUUUACUUUGCAUCGCGACGUAUUUCUAUGAGGUAGAGGCUUCCGGAUACAGCGCUUCAGUCACAAGAGCCGAAGUGAUUUCAUUGGACUCAACAGGGGCUGGUUCGCAACAAUUUUACCUCAUCUGUGUUCUGUUCUUUAUCAUAUUUGUCGCUUUGUACCUCGGAAGAGAGUGCUACAGACUGUACAAACAACGUUCUCGAUAUUUUAAAUCUUUAUGGGGUUGGGUAGAAAUUUUCCAAGUAAUAUUUUCUUUGUUGGCUGUAGUAAUAUACAUCGUGAGAUCCAAAAAGGCGACCUCUAAGAUUCAGGAACUACAGAAAAACAUUUACGCAAACGUAAAUUUCCAAGAAAACAUUAUUUGGCUUGAAACAGAGAACACUGUUCUGGGAAUUCUAACAUUUAUCGUCACUGCCAAACUUCUCAGACUUAUUCGCUUCAACCAGCAUGUUGUCGUGUUUUCAAAAACACUGAAGACAUCUGCACGGCUGUUGCCAUCCUUUACCGUUCUUAUGUUGAUAUGCUUUACUGCCUUUCUGCAUUUCGGUGUUUUGAUCUUCGGGACGGGUUCGAGGCAUUACUCGUCGAUACUCACAGCCACGUAUUUUCAACUUGAACUGACUCUGGGGCGCGUGAAAGCGAGACCCAUCAAUGAACUAACAGAUGCCAACGACACUUUUGGAAGAAUUUUUGCCGUCUUACUUCUCUUUACCCUGACGAUAAUGGGCAUGAAUUUUUUUAUCGCCAUUAUUAACGAUGCUCUUAUAAAUGCAAAGGUCUUCGCGACUGAAAAUGAGCUGUACGACCUUCUGGACGAAGAUUGGAGCCAAAAGGGAGGAGAAAAUAAACGCUUCUUUGACGCUAUAAGUGAACGUAUAAAACAAACGAGAGGAAAUGAUGAAGAAACAGUGAAGAUUAGGAAAAAAGACAUUAGAAAUCCCAGCAAAAGAAGAGCGCUUAAUUUUGAUGCUGUCAGCCAAGCAAUUGUAGCAUCCAGAAGAAAAAGCUUGGAAAAUUCAUCAGAGAAGAAGGUAAUUGCCAACACUAGGAGAAAAUCCUUGUAUGAUAAAAUCAGUGAUUAUAUUUUGAAAAAGUUCUUCCAUAGCGAUGGACACAAAAUGAAGAAAGAAAGACCGUCACACAGGCAACAGCACCGUAGAGUACGCUUCUCAGAAGACGUUGUUAAACGUCAGUUUCAGAUGCUAGAAAAACAGAAACAGUUCCUUCUUCAGCGCUUAGAUAACAUAAUUCAAGGAUAUUCUGACGAACAAGAAAAAUUCCUGCAGUUAUGUCACGAAGUUGGUUUAGUGUUCCUCCAAAGGAACCAGAACAAACGCAGACCAAGGGACCAAGAAUGA